AAUAUUUUUUGUUGAAAGUAGUACGUAAACAAUGAAAUAUAAAAAUACAUUUCAUUGUUAAGUGAUUUUUUAAGGAUUAAAAAUGUUCGAAAUAAGGAAUAAAAAUUCCAUCAGUUUUAAUUCUUUAGUAAAAACAAUACGAGUUCCAGUUUUUGGUGCUCAUCCAUCAUGUCAUAUUCAGACUCGAUUAGAGGAAAGAAGAGCGAAGGCUCGAGCUUUGCGUGCAGAACGUCGUCGUAAACCAGACAAACCAGAUGAUUUUGUUUGUUAUGAUGAUUCUGGUAGUGACGAGGAAACGUUAGCUCAACAAGAGGAGAUCUUAAAUACUUCAUACUCGAUAUGUGAUUUUCUGCGUGCGCGUGAAAGUGGACUCAGAGAUUUACGUAGUGUAAAUUAUGAACAAACAAGUAGAUAUGUUUUAACUCAUGAUAUGCUUCGCGAGACUCAAAUCAAUUUAGGAUACAUAAAUAAGGUGUUCUGUUCAAAAUGGUUAAGUAGUCGACAAGUAGUUUUUGGAACAAAAUGUAACAAGUUACUUGUUUACGAUGUAAACAUGCGGCGAGUAGAUGCAAUUCCAACAUUAUCAAAUAAAAAUAUUAACCACCCUGAAGUACAAGGUGGAUUACAUGCUAUAGAAAUAAAUCCGAGUAGAUCAUUUCUAGCUACUGGCGCACGUAAUUCUUCAGAUAUAGCUGUUUAUCGUUUACCAACCCUUGAUCCAGUCUGUGUAGGCGAAAAUGGACAUCGAGAUUUAAUAAUGGGAAUGUGUUGGUUAGAUGACCAAUUUUUAGUAUCGGGAUCUAAAGAUUCACGUUUAGCACUUUGGCGUGUUAAUGAAGAUAUGAUGGAUUUUCCGGACGGUGGCCAAGAAGCUUGCCCUACUUUUGCUACAAUUAAUCCACUAUCUGUGAAGGAUUGUCGCACUGCGCAAAAAAUACGUUCAUUGUGUUUCAAUAAGGAAUUUAAGGAAAUAGCUGCUCUAUCUCUAAAUGGUUAUAUACACAUUUUUAACGCAGAAACUUUCAAACAAAAAUUAUCUCGUAAGUUGCCAAAUUGUCAAGAUAACGUUAGCAUAGCUUAUCACUCUGAUGGACUAUAUGCAGUUGGUUGUCGAUCGUAUACUAUAUUAUUAGAUGCAAGAACAUUGCAGACUAUAAAAAAAAUAACAUCUCGCUAUAGUGGCUGUGGUAUACGCGCUACCAGUUUCGAAGGCAAUUUGCUUACUGUAGGCACAGGACUUGGCAUGUUAUUAUUUUAUGACUUACGAGCGGGGAAAUAUCUUGAAAGCAGUGUGAACGCUUCUCGUACUGUGGCACUAAAGUGUAGUAAAGGGAUUGUUUAUCCUGAAGAUGAAAUGGAUGGUUUUCAACAAGUUAAAUAUGUACCAGCAAUUUACACACACUGCUAUGAUAGCACUGGAAUGCGUAUAUUUGCUGCUGGUGGUCCGUUACCAGCUACACUUGUAGGAAACUAUGCUGGUGUUUGGCAAUAACUUUUUAGCAAAAUUAAGCGUCCUUGCAAUUGAUAACCUAUUAAAUGAAUUAUUUUAUUUUGCAUU